CGAAGAAUAAACAUUUAGAUUGAAGAUUCUAACGCUAUCAUUUGUUAUUAAGAAGUUGAUCAUGAAGGACUCUUGGCUAGGAAUUUUGAUACUCGUGGUUGCGUGUUGUGAAUAUGCCGAUUUGCAGGAUACUCCAAUUUCAUUUCCAAUCUGCAGCAAAAGAGAUCCAGACAUAGGCAAAUGCAUCACAUCAGCGAUCAACAAACUCAGAAAAAACUUAGCAACAGGAAAAUUAAGUCCAGAUAUAACAAUCCCACCAGUAGAUCCGUAUGGACCAGUUGAUUUUGACAUAGAUCAAAAGUUAUUUAAAAUCAGGAUCCACGACUUAUAUUUCUAUGGAGGAACAAAUUAUAUCAUUAAAAAUUUUCGUGCAUAUUUUGACGGUAAUCGCCUGAGAUUCAUGCCACAAGUUGAGUACGACAGAUUUGACAUUAAAUCAAAAUACAGCAUUGAAGGUAUUCUUCCUAAACCAAUGACUGGAGAUUUUUCAUUCUCCGUUCUCGAUGCAAAAUUUCACGGCAAUGGAAGCGUAUUGCUCUACAAAAAGGACGGUGUAGAAUAUUUUGAAAUUGAGGAUGCAAAGUUGUCUGUUGAUAGAUUAAAAUUAGGAAAUAUUAAGUUAACAUUACCAAAUGGAAUGAAUAUGAAAGUUGGGCCAAUAGUGAGCUCAAUUUUGAAUGUUAAUGAUGGAAUUUUAUUUAGAAUGUUGUUAAAAGCAUCAAAGGGUAAAAUUGAUGAAGCUCAUGCUAAUUUUAAGAACAGUUUUAUUAAGGACUUGCCAGAGUCUAAUAAUGUCUUCCCAUUGUGCAGCAGAAAAUAUCCAGACAUUGGUGAAUGUAUCCGUAAAGCACUAAACAAACUUAGGCCUAGUUUUAAAACCGGAAUGCUAAGUCCAACAUUUAUCAUACCUGCUUGGGAUCCUUAUAUUAUCGGUGAUGUUAAAAUAGAUCGAGGUCCAAUAAAAAUCACAUUAUUUGACGUUGUUGCUCUUGGUGCAACACGUUUUAAUGUUAAAAGUAUUCGUGCAUAUUUUGUUGGUGAUCACCUAAAGUUCUUUCCACAUAUUGAAAUUGACAGAAUGGAUAUAAUAGGAAAAUACAGGAUUGGUGACAUGCCUCAACAUGGAAAAAUUUCUGUAUCAAUGCUCGAUGCUAGUUUUCAUGGAAAUGGAAGUGUUCUUAUGUACAAAAAGAGUGACGGCAUGGAAUAUUUUAAAAUUGAACAAGCAAAGUUGACAAUUGACAGAAUGAUGUUAGGAAAUAUAAAAUUUUCACUUCCAAAUGGAAGAAUUAUGGAAGUCAAUCCAGUGAUAAGUUCAAUUUUGAAUAUGUAUGAUGGACUUUUGUAUAAACUUUUAUAUAAAGCUUACGAGAAGAAAAUUGACGAAGUUCAUUUAGACACUGCGAAUGGAUUUAUUGAAAAUGUUCCUGUUAACUAUUUUUUCUCUGAUUGAUGAGCGUUUUAAAGGAAUAAGCAGGGUGGGUGAUUUAAAUCAUAAGUCAAAAUCAAAAUUUAUUUUUGCAAUAUUAUGAAAAAAGGGAUUUUGACUUAAAUCCUUUUACCCAAGUAAUGUUUUUGUAGAAUUUGUUUUAAAUCAUUGCAAAGUGAUUUUUUGGGGGAUUUCAAUUUAAAUCUCUUGCAUUAAAGAUUUUAAAAUCUAUCCUUUAAAAAAAUUAAGAAAAUUCUAAGAUCAAUUUUUAAUUAAAAACUUUAUAGUCAUUAUAUUUUGAAUAUAUUUUGAGAAUUUAAGUCUAUUGUGAGCUGUUAAAUGUUUUGACAUCC